AUGAUUGGCACCAACGAGUACAACUUCAAGUUCUACAGCAACGACGACGGCUACGGUAGCCUCGAGCACGAGGAGCACGAAAUCAACGAUCCCGUUGAGGCUCCCACUCCCCUGCAGCAGCAGAUGCGUCGCGCCCACACGCACGGCGGCGACACUCCCGCCACCCACCACAAUGCCCCCAACUGGGGCACUGGUGCCGACGUCGCUCAAGUCGAGUCGACCGCGGCCGUCGAGACCGCACACAAGUCGAUUGCCCCCAUCAACUCCACCACCGGCAAUCCUGCCACCGAGCCAGCUAUCCACCCCCGCCCUCGCAACGGCCCGCGCGACCUCGGCGGUUUCAACUUCAACGUCGUGGACCUCAUCGCCGCGUAUCACGAGGACCCCGCUCAGACUAUCGACCAAUUCGUCACCACCAAGUACCCCCACCUCGGCGCUGCCUUCCUCAAGUCUCUCAACGGGGAGUCUGACAGUCUCAGCGCUGCGUACGCCAUGGAGGUUGACGACGACGACGCCGUUGACAACGGUGACCACGACGACGACUGGCAGGACUUGGUCCGCAAGGUGCGUGACGACCCCUCCGACAGCCGUCCGGCUUUCGAUUGCACACUCCCUGCUAGCCACGACCCCUGGAUGCAGCGCUCCGUCCAGCUGGUAUACGAACAGCCGGUCAUCCUCACGCCGAACCAGCAUCAGCACCGCAACGGUCUGGUCAUUGUCGGAGUGAAGCGCAAGGGCAACGGGCCCGGUUCGCUCGACCACGUCCGCAACAUGCUCGAAGCUCGUCUCGACGCUAUUAGGCCCAUCCGUGCGAACCUCGCCGACUGGGAGAUUGAGUGCCUCGGCCACACUUACGUCCUCCGCUCCCUGCGCCGCAACUUCACCAAGCUCGAGGAGGCGACCAUCACCGCCAACCUCAUCAAGAUCCUUGUCCACCACGACGCGGUCCUCGGCAUCCACUUUGACUCGGAGCAGGGUUCCGUCAAGUUCGUCAUCUCUCGUCGCCUCUCGGUCGCCCUGCUUGUCCGCCUUGAGGAUGUCAUCGAGUACAUCUGCAACAAGCACUGGACCGGCGACAAGCACAGCUACCAGUUCUGGUUUGACGACGCCGCGUCGCCCUCGGUCACGUUCACCCAGCGCGACUGCGGCGUCAUCGAGCACCGCUACAACAAGCUCAUGUUCCACCUCCAGCUCAACAAGCUCGAGUGGGUGUACCGUCACCGCGACGACGGUAUCUGCGGCUUCCGAUUCACGACCUGGGGCCCGAUCAAGCUCAAGGACUACCUGAAGAUCCACCUCGCGCUGUCGCAUGCGUUUGGAGCCUUCGUCUUCAGUCGCCCUUACCCAGUCGAGAUGCCUCUCUACUACUUCUGA